GGGUUCACGUGUCACUUCCUUCCUCAUAGCUUUGAAUACAUGCGUCGUCGCCCUGCUUUUGGAGGCGACCCAGUGCCUGUCAAGCCGCCAGCAGCCAGACAGAAGGACCAGCUGAGGACAAGAAAGAGCCGAAAAUAAUCCUCCACACACAGAGAUCCAUCCUUGCCUACCUCACCUCUCAGGUCAGUUUCAGCCUCCCAACAUGGCCGCCGUGGCGCCAAUCACCCCGGAGGAGCAGGAGGAACUAAGAGAAGCUUUCGCCAAGAUUGAUGUCGACAACAACGGAUUCAUCAGCAAGGACGAGCUCACUACGCUUUUCCGCGCGGCCAACCUGCCGCUGCCGGGCUACAGGGUCCGCGAGAUCGUCCAGGAGCUGACUAAGACCAGCAACCAGCUCACCUUGGACGAGUUCACGCAGAUCGUCCACGGGCUGAAGAGCAGCGAGGUGGCGCAGACCUUCAGGAAGGCGAUCAAUAAGAAAGAGGGAAUCUUCCACGUGGCGGGAACCUCGGAGCAGUCGGGCACCCAGCACUCGUACUCAGAGGAAGAAAAGGUGGCCUUCGUAAACUGGAUCAAUAAAGCUCUGGAGAAGGACGCAGACUGCAAACACGUCCUGCCCAUGGAUCCUAACAGCGACGACCUGUUCACGGCCAUGGGAGACGGGAUCGUGUUCUGUAAGAUGAUCAACCUGUCUGUGCCUGACACCAUCGAUGAGAGAACCAUCAACAAGAAGAAGCUUACGCCGUUCACCGUCCAGGAGAACCUGAACCUGGCUCUGAACUCGUCGUCGGCCAUCGGCUGCCACGUGGUGAACAUUGGCGCCGAGGACAUUAAGGAGGGCCGGCAGCACCUGGUGCUCGGUCUGCUCUGGCAGAUCAUCAAGAUCGGGCUGUUCGCCGACAUCGAGCUCAGCAAGAACGAAGCUCUGGUCGCCCUGCUGCGUGACGGAGAGAGUCUGGAGGAUCUGAUGAAACUGUCCCCUGAGGAAUUGCUGCUGCGCUGGGCCAACUAUCACCUGGAGGCGGCCGGCGGCCCCAAGAUCAGUAACUUCAGCUCCGACAUCAAGGACUCCAAGGCCUACUACAACCUUCUGAACCAGGUGGCACCCAAAGGAGACGAGGAGGGAAUCCCCCCCAUCGCCAUCGACAUGACGGGACUCCGGGAGAAAGACGACGUGAAGCGAGCCGAGUGCAUGCUGGAUCAGGCCGACCGGCUUGGAGCCCGACAGUUCGUCAUGCCGACGGAUGUCGUCCGCGGAAACCCCAAACUGAACCUGGCUUUUGUUGCCAAUCUGUUCAACAAGUACCCGGCUCUGAAGAAACCCGAGAACCAGGACUUUGACUGGAGCUCCAUCGAAGGGGAAACCAGGGAGGAACGGACCUUCAGGAACUGGAUGAACUCGCUAGGGGUCAACCCUCGGGUCAACCACCUCUACGCAGACAUUGAUGACGCCCUGGUGAUCUUUCAGUUGUACGAGAAGAUAAAGGUCCGAGUGGACUGGGACCAAGUCAACAAGCCCCCCUACCCCAAACUGGGCAGCAACAUGAAGAAGCUGGAGAACUGUAACUACGCAGUCAAGUUAGGAAAGGACGUGGCCAAGUUCUCUCUGGUGGGCAUCGCCGGGCAGGACCUGAACACCGGGAAUCGAACCCUCACCCUCGCUCUGCUCUGGCAGCUCAUGAGGAGAUACACGUUGAACAUCCUGGAGGACCUGGGCGAUGGGCAGAAGGUGACCGACGACACCAUUGUGUCCUGGGUCAACGACACUCUCACACACGCCGGGAAACACAAAAUCUCCGGCUUUAAGGACCUGUCCAUCAGCAGCAGCAUGCCGGUACUGGACCUGAUCGACUCCAUCCAGCCCGGAUCGAUCCGCUACGACCUGUUGAAGACAGAAGACCUGACGGAGGACGAGAAACUCAACAACGCAAAGUACGCCAUCUCCAUGGCGAGGAAGAUUGGUGCCCGGGUGUACGCGCUGCCGGAGGACCUGGUGGAAAUCAAACCCAAGAUGGUGAUGACGGUGUUCGCCUGCCUCAUGGCGCGCGGCAUGAAGAGAGCCUGAAGACCACAGACACCCAAAAUAUUAACACACAAGAAGAAUGGAAGAUAAAUCAGGGGACACAUUUAAAAACAUCGAUGUCUGAAAAUAAAGACGACAUCGAAAAGAAAAGUUCGGUAAAACCACUGCAGUCUUUUUAAAAAAAAAUUAUUAAACUUAAUUUCAAAUUACAUAACAAAUUCUCGUAAGGAUAAUACAUUUCAUUUCGCAAAGCAACAAGGCUCCAUCGACAACAUAAAGGUACAUACAUAAAUAAAUAAAAUAAAGUACAUAGUACAGUAAAUUAAAUACCCCACAGCAGUUUGUUACAGAUAUUCCUCACAUACAGUGGCUUGAAUAAGUUUACACCCCCAUGCUAAAGUUAAUUAAAAAGAGGAAUAAAAAAAACAUAUUUUGUAAAUAAAUCUUAAUGCCUUAAUUAAAAAAAUUAGGAAAAUUCAACCUUUUAAGGACACCAAUUUUAUUUGUAAAUGAAUAAUGUAUUGUAAAUAAAUCAAUGUACUUCCUUAAAAUACAGGGGGCAUAAGGAUACACCCAUGUGUAUAGUAUAUAAGUAUACAUGUUAAAUUCCCAUAGAGGCAGGCAUAUUUUUAUUAUUAAAGGCCAGUUAUUAAAGUUUUUCCUCGCCACUGUCGCACUGUUGCAUGCUCUGGAGGAAACUAUUAGAACUGUUGGGUCCUUGUAAAUUCUGGAGUGUGGUCUAUCUGUAAAGUGUCUUGAGAUAACUCUUGUUAUGAAUUGAUACUAUAAAUAAAAUUGAAUUGAAUUGAAAUUAUUACAUAGAUGAGGACACUUAUUUUAACAUGGGGGGUACUUAUGCCCUUGCAUUUUCACAUAGGGGGGUGUAUAGUCAAAGUCAAAGUCAGCUUUAUUGUCAAUUUCUUCACAUGUCAAAACAUACAAAGAAAUCGAAAUUGCGUUUCCCUCUAUCCCACGGUGACAACAAGACAUUUUAACCAAUUUGGUCCACAGACAAACAUAACAUUCAAGUAAACAAUAUAAAAAGUAAAAAUAAGAAGAUAUGUACAAUGAGGAAAAUAAGAGCAGCAGAAUUUGAGUUAAGA